AUGCGUUUCACAAACAUUUCGUUAGCUAUUGCUGUCUUGAGCUUCGCUAGCUCCAUUCACGCAGCUCCUACUGGCAACGCCGAUCCUGCUCAGGCUGCUGGUGCUGCUGGUGCUGAUGCUGUUCAACAAGGCAACACUGGUGCUGCUCAACAAGGCAAUAAUGGUGGUGCACUUCCACCACUUCCACUUGUUGGUAGUGAUCCCACCAAUGCUCUCGGUGGUCUCGGCAUCGAUCCAAAGCAACUUGCUGAUAUUGGCGUUGAUAACAAGAAACUCACCCAAGAAAUUGGCAACGCUCAAGCUACCCUUGAUAAACUCGAGGCCCUUCAAGAUUUAGCAGAAGAUCGUGAAGAAGAUGGUCUUCCAGCUACAACGGGUGGUGGUGUUCCUGGUGGUGCAUCAACAGCUGCUAAGCAACCCGCUAAUGGCAAGACAACUACCACUACCGCACCACUUUCGACUGAACAACAAGAAGAGGGUGAUACAAACAAUGCGUAA